CGAAUAGAUGGAAAGGUGUUUUCGUGCCAAGAUUUCGGUGAAAUUUUUGUAGUAAAAUUAUAGUAAAGUCACAAAAAAGUACUCAAAAACUUCCAGUAGUCAAUAAAGUAUCGGAAGAUAUUAAAAAUUUAUCGUAAAAGUUACUCAAAUACAGCAGAAACUAGUGAAUUGUGUAAUACUGUACAGGAUGCAUUUCUUAUUGCUGUCGAACAGCAAGCUCGAGAACGUUUACAACGAUUGUCUGCUCUCAAGAGAAUCACACCAGUUGAUAUAAGUCAGCUAUCAAUAAAGUUAAAUCAGCAAAAUCCGAAAGGAGCAACAACGACACAAGAUUAUAGUUUUCUCAAAGAUUCAUCACCGAUUUACGUGACAUCAUUGUCAAAUAACAGUAGCACAGUAACAAGUGCAGCAGUAUCGACAGCGAAAAUAUCAACAAUUCAGCCGUCAGUGAAGAGCCCAACUGUGAAAAGUAUCAGUAAUCCACUUAGUGACACAGUCGGUAAUAUACAUCAUCCUGAAUUACAUCAGACUAAUAGCACGAGCAAUCAAUUACUAACCACUUCGAUAAUUCGAAAACCAAUCACCUCCUCUACUUUUGACAAUAUUAAUAAGACGAAUCAGAAUAAUAUUAAUUAUAUUGCUUCUGCAUCUAACCCUACUCUCAAUUCUUUAACGGCACAACAAAUCAAACAGGCGGGCAUAUCGACAUCGUCAGCCCACGGAACAUUAACAGCAAUACCAAUAUUAAACGAUCCUAGUAGUGAACUAAUCAAACAUAGUGCUAAUAUAAACAAUAACAUUAAUGUGCUCAACAAUGCCAGUAGUCUGUUGCCAAAUAAUUUAGACUUUGAUCCAAACGAGAGUUGCACUAGUUAUUAUUCAAAUAAUCGCACUGAGUAUUUAGAAUCUGAUAUAGCUCAAGAAGAUAAUUUCGAAGGCAAUAGCAUAUCAAUAGGCGGAACUGAAGUACUUCUUGGUGACCCGCUUUUGAAAGGCGAAAAUAGAACGCGCAGACCAUCACGUUCAAGCAUUUUAGUGCUGGGCGAUGAUUCAUUGAAACAAGUAUCGAGUGGAAACUUUUUAAGCCAUAAUCCAGCUGAAAUGCAUUCGAUUGAGAAUGGACAACAUCGUGAGAUGGCUGUUGAUGUACCAGAAUCAUUUAUUGCUCAGAAUAAGACCCAACCUAGAUAUCCACCACCAAGAAAUUUAAAUAAUCAAAUAUUACCAUCGGUGCCAUCAUCAAAGCCACUAAACGAUGUUCGGCCUGUUCCCCCGCCUAGAGAUCAUAUUCGUAGUGAUGUGAUUCAACAACAGCCAUCCUUUUCUAAUAAGCAAGCGGGUAAAAUUGGACAAAUUUUGGAGCCAACUUCCGAUCAAAUGGAUAGUAUCAAAAAGUAUCAAGAUCAAUUGCGACAAAGACGCGAAAAAGAGGAGAGAAUUGCAGCUACAAAUGAAUUUCUGCGAAAUAGCGUGCGAGGUUCUGCAAAGCUAAAUGCAUUGAAGGCUGAUCACAUUCCUCCACCACCUUCAUUCGACAAUGAAGCUUAUAUUGUUGAUGAUGAUGACGAUGUUAACAAAAUGAAUUUAAUUGAUUAUGAUGAUAUGGUAGCAACAAUGCAAAGACUUCAAGCAAAUUUUAAGAAGCAUGGAAUGCAUGCUCUGGCCAGUCGUUUAAAUAUUGCUCAAAAUUUAUUACUUAAAUCCGUAGUUGCAAAGGCAUUAGACACACGAAUCCAACUUCUUCAAAGACGUUUUCCUCGAGUUCAAAAUCCAAUUUCCUAUAAUGCGCAGAAAUUAACAAAAGAUUGCGUUGAAGCAUUAUCGGAAUCAAAUUCACAUUUAGCUAAUGAAUUAUGUGACCUAUUAACAUCUUAUGAAAUGGAAGGAUUACUACAGGCUCAUGACAGUAUUGCUUCCUUGACGGAUCGUGCUUAUUGUCCACCGUCGACUAACAUUAAUAUUAUUAAUACAGUGCCACCAAAAAUUCCUGUACAUCACACGAAUUCUACUUCGAGUCUUAAACAACCUGAGAAUAAGGGAUAUAGUAGUUCUAAUGAGGACAUUAAGAAGCCAGAACCUAUUCCUUUCGGUGUUUUACGUGAUGGCAGUCAGGAUCAUAUUAGAAUAAUUCAAAUCGAAAAGUCUUCAGAACCUUUAGGUGCAACGAUUCGUAAUGAGGGCGAAGCAGUGGUGAUAGGCCGUGUAGUUAGAGGUGGAGCUGCUGAUAAGUCUGGAUUAUUGCAUGAGGGCGAUGAAAUUUUAGAAGUAAAUGGAAUAGAAAUGCGUGGAAAGUCAGUCAACGAUGUUUGUUCAAUACUAAGUGGAAUGUCGGGGACAUUGACAUUUUUGGUCGUUCCUGCAAAUAGAAUACCAGCAAUUGGUGGUGGAAGAGAUCCACCGGUACUUCAUGUUCGAGCUCAUUUCGACUAUGAUCCAGAGGAUGAUUUGUACAUUCCUUGUCGUGAACUCGGACUUAGUUUCCAAAAAGGCGAUGUACUUCAUGUUAUUUCUCGUGAGGAUCCAAACUGGUGGCAAGCCUAUCGUGAAGGUGAAGAAGAUCAAACGCUCGCUGGUUUGAUUCCAAGUCAAUCGUUCCAACAUCAACGAGAAUCAAUGAAAUUAGCGAUAGCUGGUGAACUUGGCAAUCGAGUGAAAAAUCGUGAGACUAAAAGUGCCACGUCCACAUUAUUAUGUGCUCGUAAAGGAAGGAGGAAAAGGAAGAAGGCUAAUAAUGAGCAUGGUUAUCCGCUUUAUGCUACGACUACACAUGAAGAACCUGAGCCAGAAAUUCUGACAUAUGAGGAAGUGACAUUAUAUUAUCCACGUGCAUCACAUAAACGACCUAUUGUUUUAAUCGGUCCACCGAAUAUUGGAAGACACGAGCUGAGGCAAAGAUUAAUGGGAGAUUCUGAUCGUUUUGCUGCUGCUGUUCCACAUACAUCAAGGCCGCGUAGAGAGGGUGAAGUACCUGGCGUGGAUUAUCAUUUCAUUUCUCGUCAGCAAUUCGAAGCUGACAUUUUAGCUCGUAAAUUUGUGGAGCAUGGUGAAUAUGAGAAAGCAUAUUAUGGUACAUCAUUGGAAGCAAUACGAGCUGUAGUAGAGAGCGGAAAGAUUUGUGUACUUAAUUUACAUCCUCAAAGUUUAAAAAUUUUAAGGCAAUCCGACUUGAAGCCAUAUACAGUUUUAGUUGCGCCUCCAAGUUUAGAAAAAUUACGUCAAAAGAAAAUUAGAGCUGGUGAACCUUAUAAGGAAGAAGAACUGAAAGAAAUAAUUGCAACAGCUCGAGAUAUGGAGGCACGAUGGGGACAUUUAUUUGAUAUGAUAAUUAUUAAUAAUGAUACAGAGCGAGCGUAUCAUCAGUUAUUGGCCGAAAUAAACUCACUUGAACGAGAACCACAGUGGGUAGAAAAGUUGAACAAUAAAAGUUAAGUAUAUGAGUAUGUAUAUGCGGAAAGAGACACGAAAUAAUUCACUAAUUAACCGGUAAAAAAUUUCAAUAAUUUAUCGACUUGAUUUUUUCGACACAAUUUUUUUUAUUGAUUAAUUAAUUUUGAUAAACGAAAUCAGCUAU